UAUAGACGUAAUUUUAGAAUCUUGUAAUUUCGCAAUCAAUCGCAUAUAGAUUUCACAGAAGAACUGUGUUUAUACCGCGUGCAUGACAAUCGACAUUAAACGGAAUAUUUGAUUAGAAAAUAAACGACGUGAUCUAUAUCCCUCGCAUAAGUCAAAAGUGAAUUUUGUUCGCACAAAGUAACGACGGCUAUCUGGGGGGAAAGAUGCGUAAUAUCGACAAGUUCUUUCGACAGUCGUGCUACAGCAACCUUCGCGUUCUAUUGACAUGGUGCGGCAUAUGGCCCUUUCACGUGCCAAGCAAACGUUACGCGAUAUACGUCGCGUUCACAAUGUUUUGUGGAUUCUGUAUUCCAUUCCAGACGCUGUGUAUGAUUAAGGUUUGGCCAGAUUUUUUCGAGGUGUUCGAUUGCUCAACAAUGCUGGUCUACUCUCUAUCGACGACGAUUAAAUUAAUUUACGCGGUGUAUAAAUUACCUGAGAUUAAAAUGCUUCUCCUGAAUAUACGAGAACACUGGUGUUCUCCUAAAUCGGACGAAGAAGCUAAAAUUUUACGCUCACAUGUACUAUUCGCACGAAAAUUCGGUUAUGUCUAUUCGGGUGUUCUAUUUGUCUAUUCGGUGAUUUACGCAUUUACACCUUUGGUCGCUAGAUUUUAUUACAAUAAAAUGAACUCUUUAAAUAAUACGCAGGACGCAGAAACAAAUUCAGAACGUCAGAUCAGUUACGUGCUUGAUUUACAAAUAAGAUAUAUUCCACUUUUCAUACAGGGCGCAUCAGCUGAAAUAUAUUUUACGUUUAUUAUUAGCUCGUUCAAUGUCCUGUAUUUGAUGUGCGUCCAACAUUGUUGCGGUUUAUUUGAAGCUUUGAAAUACCAUUUGGAAAACGCAUUUGAGUUUGGAAAUAAUGAUGACGACAUAGUAACAAUUUCCACACAGAAUAAUUGUCAUUCAAAUAUCGCCUACGGUGUUCGAAGACACAUAGAGGCAGUGCAAUUUGCUGUAGCCUUAGAAGCGCUGUAUAGAUUACCAUUUUUCAUGCACAUGACAAUUAACGUGUCUCUAUUAAGUAUCGUAGGAUCUCAGGUGAUGACAGAUACGGAAAACAUUGGUCGUCUUAUGCCAUACGGUAGUUAUUUGAGUGGGCUUGUACUCAACACCUUUUUUGAAAACUGGCAAGGUCAGAAAAUUAUAGACUGCAACGAAAAGGUGUUUAACGCCGCAUACAAUUUAAAGUGGUACAAGAUGCCUAUAGUGUCGCAAAAGCUUCUGAUAAUGAUUAUGAUGAGAAGUAAAAAACCACUGACAAUAACAGCGGGAAAAAUUCUCGUUCUUUCUCAUAUGACUUUUAACACGGCAAUGCGUACUAGCUAUUCGUACUUAAUGCUUCUACAAUCCAUGUAAUAAAAUCUUGACCAUAGUAAGAGCAAUUUCAAAGAUAUAUUAAUGACCGAAGUGAUUCGAUAACUCAUUCAUUGACUAGAAGAUACGUGUCUGGUUGUAUAAACUGUAUCUUCCAUGCAGAUAUUUUAUGUAGCUAAAUAAAAUUAAGAAAGAAUUAUACUUGGUGCAUUAGAGAAGUAUUAUUUUUAUUUUUCUCGCAAAUAUUCUAAUUGUGCCAAGAAUAUUUAAAUAUAUCGAUUUUAUUGUGUUAUCAUAGUUACCAUAGUCACUUAUUACUUCUAAUUCGUCACGAAAAAAGAGAAAGAGGCAAAUGAACUGAUUAUAGUUGUUAUUGUCAGCCUCAAAAAGAUGAUACAUCUAUUUUUAUGAUAAUACAAAGUUAAAUCUUAUUCAGAGAAAUUAUCUUAUUGCAAAAAAAUUUGCCAAAUUUAAGAUAAAUAGUUUCCAGUGAUUAUUUAGAUUAGCACAUAACAUUUCAACAGCGCAAUGCUGAUCAUGUUUUUAUUCUCAACGACGACUGAUAUCAUUUUUUGUUGGUUAAAAAUAGAUGUGUGUAUGUAUAUGUGUCAGACUACAUUUUUCUCGUUAGAAAUCAUUUAUUUACAAUUAAUUUUGGCAAAUUAGUGUUUGUAAAGCGAUUUCAUAAGUCAAUUUUGUCAACAGUAAAUAGCAUGUUAUUAUACAUUAAUCAUUUUCAGAAAUUACUAGUCAAAAUGCUUACACAUAGAGAUAUUAUAGUUAUCUGUACGCAAAAAUUUUAUCAGUAUAAUUUGAUAACUGCUGACUCGGUUAGCUU